GUAGCUGUGUUACAUCUAGAUCAUAUGAGAGCCAAAACACAAUAUGUGAAACUAAUAAAGAAAUGGACGAAUGAACUCAGUUUAAAUGGUCGUCUUAUCUUCUAUAAUAGAUUGAUAUUGAUAGUUUUAAUUGGAGAUUCUGAGGAUAUUAAGGUA